GUUACAAAUUUCCAAAGAGAAAAACCAUAAAAAAACCCAAUUAGCCCCACACCACAACUUUUCACAAGCCAAUUACCACUCCGCAAAGUUUUUUUAAAAAAACUCAAAACUCCCAAAACACAAUUGGUAUCUUAUUGAUCCCUUGCUUCUUCUUCUUCUUCUUUGGCCAUUACCAGAAUGAUGGCCGCGCUCGGCUCCGAUCAGCUGAAGCAGCUGAAAGACAUCUUCAUGCGCUUCGAUAUGGACUCCGACGGCAGCCUCACCCAGCUCGAGCUCGCCGCCCUGCUCCGGUCCCUGGGCGUCAAGCCCACCGGUGACCAGCUCCACGUCCUCCUCGCCAACAUGGACGCCAACGGAAACGGCACCGUCGAGUUCGACGAGCUCGUCACCGCCAUCUUGCCCGACAUGAACGCGGAGAUCCUCAUCAACCAGGAGCAGCUCACGGAGGUCUUCCGGUCGUUCGAUCGCGACGGAAACGGCUACAUCACCGCCGCCGAGCUCGCCGGAUCCAUGGCCAAAAUGGGUCACCCGUUGACGUACAGAGAGCUCUCCGAUAUGAUGCAAGAGGCCGACACGAACGGCGAUGGCGUGAUUAGCUUCAGCGAAUUCGCGACGAUCAUGUCUCGGUCCGCCGCCGAUUUUCUUGGGGUCUGAUCAGGUGUGGCGCGGGAGAAGGAGAAGGAGGAUCUGCACAGAAAAGGGGAUAAUACAUAUACUGAUCAAUUUUAAUAUUGAGACCUGCCCCUCAAUCCCUUUAGUGAAUUAAGAUCAGAAUUACCAAUUAAUUAAUCAAAAACCCAUCUUGUAAAUUUUUGUAUAAAUAAUAAUGUCAUGUUAUUAGUAGUUCAUGUUUAGGUCCAUUUCAAUUUCAUACCAUUUGGGUUGUAAUUUGUGUAUGAAUUCUCUCUCAGGUUAUGUUAUGAACUUAUGAUUUGGUCA